AUGUCAUCCUUUCGUUCUCUGCUUUGUGGUCUAGGAGCAGGUUACCUCUGGUUCGGUAGCGGCGAUAUCUGUCAGACAUCAGAAACAGCGGCAGCACCAGCACUCUACGCGAAUGCAGAAAUCCCUAUCCUUAGCGAUGAGAUCAGAUGUUCAGUCGCCCCAGAGACGCAUUUGCGGAUGCUGGCAAUUGGCGACUCGAUCACUGUAGGCUGGGGAGGCAGCGAAUAUUGGAAUAGUUAUCGAAAGGACUUGCUCAACUUUUUGGAAAGUGAUUGUCCUAUGAAGAAUCGAACCUAUAUUGGCACUCAGCGAACUGGAAAUUUCGUCGAAAACCGACACGAAGGAUAUCCAGGAUACAAUAUCAACCAGAUCGCAAAUGAUACUCAGCCAAGACUCAUGAACUCGAUUCUGGAGAUGCCGAAUGUGGUUCUGCUGCACGCAGGAACGAAUGAUAUGGUAGACCGACCUGGGUCAGCACCUCAAGAAGCGCCGGAGCGACUUGGGAAGCUUAUGGAUAUGGUUCUUGAAACGGUGCCUAAUGUCACGCUCAUCGUGGCGCAAGUAAUCCAGGUGACGGAGGACUCUGCGCGCAGAAAUUUGAUCCCGCAAUUGAAUACGCAGAUUCCAAGAAUUGCUGUAGAGCGCGUGGCCAAAGGGUAUAAGGUGCAAGUGGCGGAUUUGAGCUCGAUUGGUGUGGACACUGCGGAUUUGCGAGAUGGACUGCAUCCGAGUGAUGCGGGCUAUCGCAAGAUGGCUGUGAAGUGGUUCGGUGCGCUUCAGAAUGUGACCCAGGCAGGGCUUAUUACGCCGCCGAGGGAGAUGUCCUCUGUUGAAGGGACUCCGGAAGGAUGGCAUGUGUUUUUCUGCAUAUUGUAG